AAUUACAAAAGUAAAAAAUAGUAAAAAUAAUAAAAAAGACUAAACUUUCUUUACCCAUUUUCUAAGAAAGAAUAAAUCUUAAAGGUAGUAUAAAAAAUGCAAAACUAAUCCUUAAAAAGAGUGCAAUUCAGCUCUCUUUUGCUUGUAAUACUAUGUCUCUCUAGUGUUACUGUUAAUUCUUAGAAGACUGUAUAAGAUAUUAUUGACGCAGGUACUUGCAAUAACGGUAGUGCUGUAUCUGGCCUCUCUAAUCAAAUAAUGACUCUUGCUUAGAAGAAAUCAAUUUGUUACUUCUCUGACAUUUCAAAUGUUGCUGAGUUAGAUGGCAAGUCUCCUAUUCAAAUUGCUCAAAUAAUUGAAAGAAAUACUGCUAACGAAAUAGAAAUAGCCCUUUAGAGCAAAAACUAAAAGCUUUCUCUUACUUAUGGUUUAGUAGGACUUCCCGAAUUCUAUAUUUUCAAUGAAUUGUUCAAGAAGAAUUCUGCCUGCGCUCCUCAAGAGUUUAUCAAUCUUCUCUCCACCACUUAUUCUAGCUGUAAGUUGUGUUCUGGUAAUGCUUUCUAUACAAGAAGUGCCGAUUAACUCUCAGUAUUCAAUGAUAAAUUCAAUGUCUUCAACAUAGAUUCGAAUAAUUUGAUCACUGUUAAUACAUAUAACCCUGAUUUCAAGAAGCUUUUUGUUGAAGCUUUCUAAUUAUAAUGGAACUGCAAUAAUCCCAAUGAUAAUUUACAAGUUACAGGUAACUUUGAUAUGUAAACUGAAUAAAAAUUGAAAUUAGCCCCUGUUGAUGGUUUCUAAGAUAUUUGUAUGAAAUGCGAUAUCUAAAAUUGUGGUAGAUGUACAGCUGAUUUCAAGUCUUGUAAGGAAUGCAAAAGUGGUUUUACUUUAAACCCUGAUGGUACUUGCACUAAUUGCUAAGAUAAAAACUGUUUAUCUUGCACUCAUGAUGAUAAAGGUAAUGAUAUUUGUAACAAAUGCAGCGCAGGAUUCGUUUUACUUGAUGGAACUUGCAUAACUACUUGUCCAUCUGGAUAUACUCAAACUGAAACUAAUUGCCUUUAAUGUAAAGUUGGAUAAUAUGGCUCAGGAAACUAAUGUAUCGAUUGCGAUAAAUACUGCAAAGUAUGCACAGGACCAAAGGCUACUGAUUGCUAAUCAUGUUUUGAUGGAUUCAUAAAAGAUCCUAAUGGUGGUUGCAAAACAUGCCCAACUGGUUAAUGCUGUGGAUCUACAAAAUGUGCAGAUGAUGAAUAUAGACAAACAGUUUAUCCUUAUGAAUGCCAAAAAUGUAGCAAUAAUUGUGCUACUUGUACUGGUCCUGAUGCCAAAUAGUGCUUAUCAUGUAUAAAUGGAUAUGUUUUAGAUGGUGGAUUUUGUAUGAACCCUUCUAAAUAAUUGAACACUUAUCUUGACACUAAAACUAACACAAAUAAGCCCUGCCAUUUCUCAUGCGAAGAAUGUGUUGAUUCUUCUAGCUUGUGUACUAAGUGCAAGAUUGAUUUCAACUAUUUCUUACAAAUUGACUCUAAAUUCAAGUGUUUUACUUAAUGUCCAACUGAUUAUGAACCAGAAAAUGGACUUUCAAGCACUGAUUUUGUUAAAUGUGUUGUUAAAUCUGAUUUAAGUGUUAGCGAAAUUCAAACUCAAGUCUUGAUUGAAACUGCUAAACAAAGAUGUAUUACUUCUUAAUACUUUAACACUGAUUAAAAGUAGUGUGUUUCUUGUGCAACUAAUUGCUUAAGCUGUUCUGAUAGUGACAAUUGUGAUCAAUGCACUUCAGGUAUGUACUGGAAUUAAAAUACAAACACUUGCUCUCCUUGCCACUCUUCUUGUACUUCUUGCUCUGGUCCUUCUCAUAAGGAAUGUCUUAAGUGCAAAGAUAUUAAAAACUUAUAUACCAACAAUGGUGUUUGUGAUUCAAUGGCAUCUACUCCUGUAUCUUCUAUCACCACUCCCUAAGCUAAUUAAUUUAAGAGUUCUAAUCUUUUUGAUACUAACUCUUAACUUUAUAAUGUCAGACUUGGUGUCAGUUAAUUCACCACUCAAAAUCCUAUUUGGAUGAACGAAUCUUUAGUUGAUUCUAAUCAAUGCACUUUUGCCUCUUUUAAGUAAUACUACACAUCCUUAAAUGAUCCCAAUAUUUCAUGUAAUGACUCGUAAAUAAAGAGAUCUACCAUGUCUACUAAGGGAUCUAUGACUGCUAUUUAUGCUAUGAUUCUCUCUCUCUCAGGUGUCCAAUUAGAUGGUAAAUCUGCUAAUCCCUCUAGCUUGGCUAAAUAUGCUAUAGCUAACUAAAAGUAUAAUAUUUUCUAUGGUUUCAAUGUUAAUGACGAAUUCUCAUGUGAUUAACUUAUUUGCGAAUCUAGCCUUGAAAGCUAUCUUUCUGAUUUAACUGCUUUCAAUAAUGUUAAGGUAUCAAUUAAGUAAGCUCGUGAUGUUCCAAUUACCUCUUAAGGUGCCAGUAUUAACUGCUUCUCUGAUAACUAUUAAGUAGAUGAUGAUAAAAUCUAAACAGUUGAUAUGCUUGUAUUAUUCGCUAACCAAUCAUUAAAAACCAGUCAUAAGCAAUACUUCAUCCUUGAUGUUUGUGGUAAAGAUUAGACAAGCUAAUCUGUAAUUCAAAAAUAAUACUUUGUUUCCAAUUACUUUGGUAAUGGCUUCUUUGAAACUGUAGGAGUUCACCUACCUGAAGGUCAACAAACCUAAGUUUUCUAUAUUGGAGGGGCUGAUAAGAAUUAAAACGACUUUGCUAAGAAGAGUAAUCCUAAGUAUUUAAAUAACUUUGAAAGUUAUAAGGUAUAAAAGGUCAGAGUCAUCGAAGUUGAAGAACUUGAUGCUUCAAUAGAUAAAGUAGAUCAAUCUUAUGCUCAAGCUGUAGCAAAUGCAAAGUUGGAAAGCAACAUACCAUCCAAAUGCAACUGUAUUACUAAUACUGUUGAUUAUAUUAUUGCAAAUGAAGGUAAUAACAACUAGCUUAUCCCUAUUAUCACUCCUGAUAAUCAAUUCCUUGCCAAGAGUAUUGAUGCAUUCAGUAUUAAGUACAUCACUUCUUAAUUCAACCUUGACUUAGACUCAAUGAAGGCUAAUAACUUAAGUAUAACUUCAGCUAUGGCAAAGAAGAUUUUCACUAAAGUAGUUGAAUAAUCUAUUAGCGACACUUCUGCAUGCUAUGGACUUGAUAAAUCAAUUAACUAAUGUCUUUAAAACGCUCUUAUCGAUAUUUCCUUCUCAAAUCGUCAAAAAUGUGUAAACGAAAAGGAAAUCAAAGCUUAUGUUUUAAAGUCAGAUUACUAAGGAGUUAUUUAAAGUAUAUAAUCUUCUCAAUGGUGUUCAAUAAACUCUGAAAGAUGUGCUAAAAAUAUCCAAAUUAUUAAAAGUUGCCUUUGA